AUGGCCAUCGGUGUCUACUUGCUUGGUUGCCUUACUUAUGCUACAUGUAUCCUUUUCCAUCAAACAGCAGCAAGAUCCUUCACCGUGGACUACAAAAACAAUGUCUUCCUCAAAGAUGGCGAGCCAUUUCGCUAUAUUUCUGGAAGUAUUCACUAUUUUAGGGUCCCUCGCGUUUUUUGGCGUGACAGGCUCGAGAAGAUGAAAGCCGCAGGGUUAAAUGCCAUACAGACGUGAGUAUUUUUCAACUCAAAAGUCCAAUUUCAAGAAUAACUUCAAAUGUCAGUUUAAUAAUAAUCAUAAUAACGAUAUGAUAUCAUGUGCAUAACGCACCAUCAAAAAGGAGUUUCAUGCGUGUUAAUAAUAGAUCAAACAGCCAUCAAGAACUAAAGGAUUUCGUGUACAUAUGUGACGAGAAGUUUUGCCCUUCCAGCAACAAAUCGGGAAAUUAAGCGUAAAGAGAACUCGAGCGACUUCGGCGUAAGGACAACAAGGGGGAAAACUAACUCGCAACUCGCUUGGCAAGCGGGAAAGGAACUCGUCACUAUUCCAAGGUACCGGAUCUGCUACAACUGGAAACAGUACAGGACUCAAGCUUGGACUUCAACGGUUUAAUCUUCGGCUCGUUAACGUAACUUGUACAAUCCAUUAAAUCCGCAAUGUAAAAUCGACGAGCAUAUAACUUCGCAAUGUAAAUCGAAAAACAGGAAUAAUCAGUGCUCUAUUUAUACCAACCGAUCAACCCACUACAACAUCACAAAACAAAAGGAAAGAAGGCUGAAUAAUAUCAGCUGAACAGCGAAAACAAAUCUGGAUAAAUUCAGUUUAAAUCUUCAUAUGUUAAACUAAAUAGCUCAAAAUUAAAUGUCAGUCAAGCAACUGAAUUUAGGAAGUUUACAAAGAAAGCUGUGUAAAAUAAUUCGAGUUUCCUUUUCUCAGGAUCCCUCAAAAUGUCAAAACUAAAAACUACGAACGGUUUGUAUUUGAGCAGGCGAAAGAUCUAAUUAUUCAGUGACUAAGCUGUAUAAUUAUCCAGAAACAAAUUAUCCUUUUAAAAGUAAACAUUGAAGUAAAAUGUGUAUAAUUUAAGGGAACUAAAACAACUCAAUGCAAAUUCAAUGUAAAUUACGGCUAACACAACUUCAAAGAGAAUAUUUAAAAGCUAGAUAUGAAAUUCGAAUCAAAUAAAGAAUACAUGGGAAAUCUCUCCUUACACUAACAUACUCGACGAUCCAAACCUUAAAGAAUACAAAGGCAUUGCAUCACAUUACUUUGAGAAAUUCUCCCAUGCAGUCGAUGUCUCUAUGGAGAUAUACCGUGGAACUCAAUUUUGAGGGAGUUUUCUGCAAAUGGCCGAUUUUAUGUCUUUGGGGUCACUUUGUUGUUAGCCUGCGAACGGCAGACGCAUUUCCGGUCGUCGCUUCUCUCCCUCCGAAGAAUAGAGAGAAGCGACGACCAGAAAUGUGUCCGCUGUUCGCAGGCUACUUUGUUGUAGGUAGCCAAAAUACAGGUUGCUGCAAGCAACCUCUUGGGCAGGGUGGGGUGGAGCUCUGACAGACCUACUAGGCGUUGCUUCAAUUCAACUUCCCAUAAGUUCUCGAUCGAAGCAGUCUUUAAAGCAAGCGAAGCGAGCUUUAAUGACCGGAGACCGAGCAAGCGACAAGGUCGCGAGGUCAGAAAAAAUCUCUCUAAAUCAACCAAAAAAUAUAUUAGGGCUUUCAAGAGCCACUUUAUAGAGAAAGUCUAGGAAGGACACUAAACUCUGGUCGUCUCGAAAGUUUAUUUUAGCUGGCUUUUCCGUCUCAUCUGAAACUGUUAGCAGCCCUCAGAUGCAUGGACCCUGAUGGGUCAGGUCGAAUGUUAGGGGACAUGGAGACGUUUGUCUUAACUUAAACUUACAGGGGUAUUUUCAUGAUACGUGAUUAGCUGUUUUUAUUUUUCGUGAAUUGUGAAGUCAAUAAAUAUCCUUCGUGUUCCGUGACCAAAAGGAAGAGCGUGUCCUUAGAAAAACUGGAAUUCAUAAUCGAUAUUCGUGAUUUCAUUACUUAUUUUUUUCGUGAUUUUCAGUUUCUAGACCUUUCCGGAAGAUGAGAUUUUGAAAGUGUCAAAUGAGAAUGAUGAGGUGUGGAAAUUGCUAUUUACAUCUUUUUUUUCCUUUUCGCCACUAUCAAGCUUUUUUGUCAGACACCUUUCCUGCUCCUUUACUGUUUGCGUUAGAGCAAGAUGAAAAACCAUACUUUCAUGCUGAUAUCGUCACUUGAUUGGGUUUGCAACUAGACUUGCAACAAGCCGACCUCUUUGCAAGAUUUGAAUACAUAGCAAACAGAAAAUGAAAAUGAUAGGCUAAUAAAAAUAUAAAUGUCACUAAAUUAUAUAAGUUUAUCACGUCUAUUUAUAUAACCACGGCUCUAAUGUUUUGUCAGGGUGCAGACAAGAGAUAAGAUCUGCCGAUACAGGAAAUUGCGUCGAGAUUGUUUUGAUAAAGUCGUUGUCAUAGACACACUAAAAUAGUCAAAAUCCGUUAAAAAGGACACUCAGGGGGCCAUAGUAAGUGUCCGUAUUAUCGGGGUGCCUGUAUUAAGCGGGUUGAAUUGAGAGAAAAUGUAAGGGCAACCUCGUUCCCGGAGUUCUCUCCUCUCCGUCCCCACGGAGCGAGCGAGAGAGAACGGGUAAGAGGGAGACCCUGGGAACGAGGUUGAUUUAAGUGCUUUUCUCCAAAAGUAAACUGUCUGUAAUAAUGUGGUGUUCGUUUUAGCUGGGUGUCCGUAAAGGGGGCAGGUGGCGGAGUUUGACAGUACAGCUUACAUCUCUCUUGUUGUAUGCGUAAUGAAAGUAGGACACACAGGCUACCCAUAUCCUGAAGUACACCACAGGCCAACUUUCCCAGGUUCCUUUCAUACUCGUGCCCCUCUCUCUCGCUACGGGGGACGAGUGGCAGAGGACCCUGGAGACAAAGUUGCACCGCAGGCGUAUAGACCUUAUUCACGAUACCCGCCAUCUUUACACGCGCUUAAAAACUGACGGGUUAAAAGCAAUGUCACGUGGUUUCUCAGGGUGCAGUCAAGCGGAUAAAAUCUGCCGAUACAAGAAAUUGCGUCGAGAUUGUUUAUUCCAGGCAACAAACAAUGAAAAACCUCUCCUCCUAAAGAAAUGGCAAAUUAUGUGUGGAAGUUAUCAUUGCUACUUUUUUAUGAUGCGGUAGCGACCGUAGAUGUUCUCACAGCAAGCGAAAACGGUGAUGAAACUUGUCGAAAUUCAGGAAACCCGAACUGUAGAUUUUGCAUGACUAAAAUCGUCGUCUCGUGUUGAGAGAAUAAACAAUUUCGACCGCGAUUACUCGUAUUGGCAAAUUUCGUCUUAAUUUCCUUUUAGGAAGCUCCAUAAAAAAAAAAGAUAAAAUAACGGCUGUCGGUACUGGCUGCUCCUUUACUGUAGUGGUUAAGUAAGAAACAAAUGUACUAAACUGAGUUCGAGGCUUCCUGGCUGUCAGUUGUUUUUGGACUUUUUCUUUGUUACUUUAAAACAACAAGUAAUUAAGGUCUCCUCAGUAUGUAAGGAUGAUGAGUUGUCCGACCUUCAUCUGAGUUUGAUCUUGUAGACUAUACCAUACGAAACCAUGAAAGGGCUUCGAUGGCCUUUCAUACUUCUUCCCAAUACAAUCCUAUGGUGUAGUUCGAAACAACGCCGACAGUGUCAUGAUACACUCAAAAACUUUAAUUCAAGUUUUCAAAUGGAAUGGACUAGACCCAAAUAACAGAUCGUUAAAAGAUCUUACUUCUGUGUUGUCUUCCUCACAGGUACAUAGCAUGGCAGGUCCACGAGAAAGUUGAAGGACAAUAUGACUUUGAGGGAGGAAACGAUUUUGUUGACUUCACGCAGCUGGCAGGAUCUUUGGGGUUGCUGGUAAUUAUAAGAGCGGGUAGGUUGAAGGAAAAAAAAUGAUAAUACACCUCAUAUACCUCAGAAAAGGCGCUCGCUGGAAUUCGUUAGCAGUAUAGCAGAGACCGAGAAGUCCAUUUUAAAGUGGAAUCUCUUUAGGGUGAAGUGGAGGAGCUGACUUUGAAAACUCUUACUUAGUCCAACUCUCUUCACUUAUAAAUCUUUUAGUCUCUGUUGUCCCGCUAUAUGUGCUAAUGAAAUAUUGUUACAUAUAAAUGCUCAUUGCUUUCAUUAGCUUCUGUAUCUUCCAUUAAAAAAAGUCUUAUCAGAACCAUGUGACGCUCUCUCGUCAAAAUAGCGCCUGAGGGCACAAAAUGCCCGGGCACUAGUGUUCAAGUAUCAAGUGUAAACGUAAAUAGCCUUAUGUGUUUUCCAUGAAUGUCUUCUUAUAGCCAUGCGUCUUCUCCGUGCGUCUUCUCUUAUAACCACACGUGUUUUUUUAGAGCUAUGCGUGCCUCCUUAUUGCCGAGCAUGUUUUCUUACAGCCAUACGUGUUCUUUUUGCAGGCCCUUUUAUCGCAGCUGAGCGAGAUAUGGUAAGCGUGUAACAAAAAUUAAUAUAUUUUUCAAACACCUUAUUUGAACAUUCAAAGGUGCUUUACUUCUAUCACGCAAUUGCAACAAUUAUUUUCAGGGUGGAUUUCCGCCUUGGUUAUUGAAGGACUACACUGUUAACUACAUGCCGCGAUUCAGAACAAUGAAAAACGCCGGUAAGUGGCCACAAAUGCUUUUAUCAUUCAGUUUAAUUGGUGUAAUAAACUGUUUUGUUCAUUUGUGCCUUAGUGGCCGCCACCAUUUCUUAUUUUCUCACCGCUGCUACAAAUUUUUCAUGUUGGUUGCCAUUCCUCUCCUUUGUUUUUUAUCUCUCGCUCUAGCUCUCUGUCGCUCUUUUUCUGGUUGAGCUUCGCUGGCCUGUCGCCUACUUUCUCUUUUUCUCUGUUUUUCUCUUUCUCUAUAUUCCAAACUUGUGGACGUGAUAAUUAAUCUAAGCUUAAUACUUUAGAAACCAUGGAUACAGAAACUAUUUCCGCUUUCCGUUUUCGUCUUUAUUGACUCUUCAGUUGUCUCUGCUAAACGAGACGCGGGUGGCUAUGCCAUUUCCCGCCAAAUAAACUCAAGUUGCAUUGGGGGCUGGCAUACCUGUUGAUUGAAUUAUUUUACAUUGGUAUGCCUAUGGUGCGGACGGACGGACGGAUGGUCGAGGGUACGGUCACGUGAUUUCCAAAAUUUCUCAGAUGGGCAGAUUACCACAUUUCUUAGGUAUGGGGCUACGCUCGCGCGCGCUUCGCGCGUACGUGGAGCCCCGCUAAUAAAUUCACAACACACAACUCCCUGUGGUAAAGUCAGUACCUUACACAUGCGCACAGACAUAUCACAUAUCACAUGGGCAUUUCCCACUUUGGAAAGGGGAAGGAAACUGAGCCUUAACUGACUCUCGCAAAGACUUGUGGGACUGUGACUACAGUUGACUCCCGAUAACUCGAACCCUCGCUAACUCGAACCUCGCGCUGACUCGAACCAAAAUCGAUUUCCCCUGGAUUUUCGUCAUACAUUUACUGUAAUGUUACCCUCGAUAACUCGAACCUCCCGCCAACUCGAAGUAGUUUUUGUUUCCCCUCAGGUCAUUUCUAUAUAAUUUUACCCUCGAUAACUCGAACCAUGUUUUCAGCCCUUAAAAGUCGGGAAAAGACAGCCUACUGGCGUCCCAAACAAUGAAUUUUGAAUUGCCCAUUGACGUGUUGUAGGCAUAUAGUUUACUAUUGGAGGCUGAUGAUGUUUGUCACAAAUCUAACGUAAAACAGCUUUACUUCUCAAAACAGUAAAACGCAUGCUCUAUUUAAGCAAAGUUUUGUUAUGUUACGUUCUGAUUUAUAAUCUAGAAGUGUCUUUUAAUUUUCACUUGACAUUUCUCCAAUUAAAUGUGAUUAAAAUGGUCACUAUGCGGUAAAAACUGUUUUUUCCUUACUCCUAGCUACUUUUUUGGAGCUCCCGAUAACUUGAACCUUUUUGAUUUCCCUUGAAGGUUCGAGUAAUCGGGAGUCGACUGUACUUCCUAGGGACGGGGGAAAAAAUUGGCCAAUAGCUGAAUGGCGCGUCCCCAGGAACGAUCCCAAAAACAACUAGGGGACAUUUUUUCGGCUCCGGUUCCCCUCUCGUUUCUAAAGCAGUGGCGAAUUGGCUGCCAAGGACAGCUGUUUUUGAUGGUUCACUGGCCAUACCGCGUUCAUUUUAGACUGUAAUCACUCCUUUCAGAGGCUUAAUUAAAUUGUAAAUGCUUUAUGUAUAGUUGAAGUAGACUUAGAUAUGCUAGCUAGUUUACAGGCACUCCACACAAAUCGUUUGAAUUAAGUAACACGAAAAUAUAAUGUAAAAGGAUUAAAAACCUCCAACAGGUAGGAGGCAAGCAGCAACCUAUACACAAACAUCAUGACCGGAUUUGAACUCGGCACGACCGAGGAACAAAUCGAGCUAGUGGUCAGAGCGGGACUGGAAACCAGGACCGCUGGAUGGCAAGUCACGUGCUGACCAAUCGGCCAGGAUGGUUUAUAGUUGUAUCAUAACAAAUGAAAUCCCGUAUUUCAAUUACCUACACUAGAUUUUUUUCGCGACCAUCACAGUUGAAGAAGCUGGGGUUAUCAAAGAGGUCUGGUUCGCAAACCCUCACAUCUUAUGAGUAGGGUCGAACAAUCUGCCGGACUGAGAAAUCUCUUAUUUCAAAUGUUUCUUUUCAAAUGUGUAUUUCUCCAUUCUCCUUCCUCCUUGUUCUGACAACAAAACAACAUGUGUCGUUAUUUUCAAAUCACUUAUCGGUAUAUUUAUAUAGUUGGAAUGCAUUCUCUUCCAAUGACGCAAUCUGUUUCACUGUUAUAACAUCAUAGCUUAUAUCGCUGCAGUAGACAGAUGGAUGGGAGUGCUCCUUCCAAAAAUAAAACCUUUGAUCUAUUCUAAUGGUGGACCCGUUAUUACGGUUCAGGUGAGAAUCAACAACUGGAUAAAUUAUGAUCUAAAAGUUACCUAACUGCCUAAGGAUUCCUACUACUGUAUUAUCCUGGGUAGCAGGCGCUUUAGAGGAAAUGUUGAUGCAAGAAAGAACGGGGCGCACUAGGGGGGGACGCGACGGGGACAAGCGCAUGGAAACAAUAUGUCUCCGUCGCGUGUCCUGUCUUUUCUCGCACCCAUAUUUCUUCCAAGCGCCUGUUACGCAAGUUACUAUACUGUCGGAGUGGACAUCAAUUACUUAAUUGCGUUAGUUUCCGUGAUUGUUUUGUCAUUGCUUUCAGAGGAAAGAAUUAGGGAAAGCUAACGCCAGAAACAGCCACGGUAUGUUCCUGGCCUUGGCUUUAAAAAGAAAGCCAAAGACAAUCCCGACUAGGACAAGAGAGCAACACAAUGCCUCUUCCUGGAUGGGAUAUCAGUGACAUAUAAUACUAGACGCGAAAGCAGCUCUGAAGUUUAAGAACACAAAGCAGAGCAGGCAGACGUAGUAGCAGUAACAUAGAUUAGCAUCCUGUCCGGAGGGGAGAAGUAAAACUCCAAGUUUCUUUAAAGUUUGGCAUAAACUAGCUCAAGUCUGAUAGUCUCCUAUGCAGCCUGUGUGAAAGAGUUCCGUGACGACACAAAGAACGGCGCGUAAUUAUAAGAGACUAAAUGCAAAAGGCAGAAUAGCAAAAUCUGUGGCAACCAAAUUCUUCAUUGAAUUUGACUUUAAAUAUCGUGCUUAUAUUAGUUACCAAUCCUUGAUACAAUACCCUGAUUGUGAAAAGACUGAAAGACGAGCACAGCUUUCUUGAAAACGAUAGCACUCUGAGGUCUGAGGUCAGAAUGACGGAGAUGGUCUUUUCCUCUUAUGAGAAAAUUUCUUAUUUGGCUCUCGUCUUUAGGUAGAAAAUGAAUAUGGAUCCAUGGAGCAGUGUGAUCAUCAGUACAUGGCUCACUUGAAAGAUCUCUUUGUAAAAUAUCUUGGCAACGAUGUCGUUCUCUUUACAAACAAUGGUUGUACUGACAGAAUGUUCGAGUGCGGAACCCUGCAGGGGAUGUUAUCAACGGUGGACGCCGGCGGUGGUAAAAUGUGCAUAAAACGUACUCCCAAACAAAGUACCGUAAAAUUCCGAAAAUUAGCCCCUCCAUGUAAUAUAAGCCCCGCAAACUCGUAACGCAAAAACCCUCCGUUAAAUCGCCCCUCCAAAUAUAAGCCCCCGAGGGGCUUGUACUCGGAAAUUGCCCUCAAAUACAAAGUAAAACAAAGAAAAAACGGUAAAUUUCCUUCCAUUUAUAAGGCUAGCCCAAUCGAUUUUGAAUCGCGCGCGCUUCGCGCGUACGUGGAGCCCCGCUAAUAAAUUCACAACACACAACUCCCUGUGGUAAAGUCAGUACCUUACACAUGCGCACAGACAUAUCACAUAUCACAUGGGCAUUUCCCACUUUGGAAAGGGGAAGGAAACUGAGCCUUAACUGACUCUCGCAAAGACUUGUGGGACUGUGACUACAGUUGACUCCCGAUAACUCGAACCCUCGCUAACUCGAACCUCGCGCUGACUCGAACCAAAAUCGAUUUCCCCUGGAUUUUCGUCAUACAUUUACUGUAAUGUUACCCUCGAUAACUCGAACCUCCCGCCAACUCGAAGUAGUUUUUGUUUCCCCUCAGGUCAUUUCUAUAUAAUUUUACCCUCGAUAACUCGAACCAUGUUUUCAGCCCUUAAAAGUCGGGAAAAGACAGCCUACUGGCGUCCCAAACAAUGAAUUUUGAAUUGCCCAUUGACGUGUUGUAGGCAUAUAGUUUACUAUUGGAGGCUGAUGAUGUUUGUCACAAAUCUAACGUAAAACAGCUUUACUUCUCAAAACAGUAAAACGCAUGCUCUAUUUAAGCAAAGUUUUGUUAUGUUACGUUCUGAUUUAUAAUCUAGAAGUGUCUUUUAAUUUUCACUUGACAUUUCUCCAAUUAAAUGUGAUUAAAAUGGUCACUAUGCGGUAAAAACUGUUUUUUCCUUACUCCUAGCUACUUUUUUGGAGCUCCCGAUAACUUGAACCUUUUUGAUUUCCCUUGAAGGUUCGAGUAAUCGGGAGUCGACUGUACUUCCUAGGGACGGGGGAAAAAAUUGGCCAAUAGCUGAAUGGCGCGUCCCCAGGAACGAUCCCAAAAACAACUAGGGGACAUUUUUUCGGCUCCGGUUCCCCUCUCGUUUCUAAAGCAGUGGCGAAUUGGCUGCCAAGGACAGCUGUUUUUGAUGGUUCACUGGCCAUACCGCGUUCAUUUUAGACUGUAAUCACUCCUUUCAGAGGCUUAAUUAAAUUGUAAAUGCUUUAUGUAUAGUUGAAGUAGACUUAGAUAUGCUAGCUAGUUUACAGGCACUCCACACAAAUCGUUUGAAUUAAGUAACACGAAAAUAUAAUGUAAAAGGAUUAAAAACCUCCAACAGGUAGGAGGCAAGCAGCAACCUAUACACAAACAUCAUGACCGGAUUUGAACUCGGCACGACCGAGGAACAAAUCGAGCUAGUGGUCAGAGCGGGACUGGAAACCAGGACCGCUGGAUGGCAAGUCACGUGCUGACCAAUCGGCCAGGAUGGUUUAUAGUUGUAUCAUAACAAAUGAAAUCCCGUAUUUCAAUUACCUACACUAGAUUUUUUUCGCGACCAUCACAGUUGAAGAAGCUGGGGUUAUCAAAGAGGUCUGGUUCGCAAACCCUCACAUCUUAUGAGUAGGGUCGAACAAUCUGCCGGACUGAGAAAUCUCUUAUUUCAAAUGUUUCUUUUCAAAUGUGUAUUUCUCCAUUCUCCUUCCUCCUUGUUCUGACAACAAAACAACAUGUGUCGUUAUUUUCAAAUCACUUAUCGGUAUAUUUAUAUAGUUGGAAUGCAUUCUCUUCCAAUGACGCAAUCUGUUUCACUGUUAUAACAUCAUAGCUUAUAUCGCUGCAGUAGACAGAUGGAUGGGAGUGCUCCUUCCAAAAAUAAAACCUUUGAUCUAUUCUAAUGGUGGACCCGUUAUUACGGUUCAGGUGAGAAUCAACAACUGGAUAAAUUAUGAUCUAAAAGUUACCUAACUGCCUAAGGAUUCCUACUACUGUAUUAUCCUGGGUAGCAGGCGCUUUAGAGGAAAUGUUGAUGCAAGAAAGAACGGGGCGCACUAGGGGGGGACGCGACGGGGACAAGCGCAUGGAAACAAUAUGUCUCCGUCGCGUGUCCUGUCUUUUCUCGCACCCAUAUUUCUUCCAAGCGCCUGUUACGCAAGUUACUAUACUGUCGGAGUGGACAUCAAUUACUUAAUUGCGUUAGUUUCCGUGAUUGUUUUGUCAUUGCUUUCAGAGGAAAGAAUUAGGGAAAGCUAACGCCAGAAACAGCCACGGUAUGUUCCUGGCCUUGGCUUUAAAAAGAAAGCCAAAGACAAUCCCGACUAGGACAAGAGAGCAACACAAUGCCUCUUCCUGGAUGGGAUAUCAGUGACAUAUAAUACUAGACGCGAAAGCAGCUCUGAAGUUUAAGAACACAAAGCAGAGCAGGCAGACGUAGUAGCAGUAACAUAGAUUAGCAUCCUGUCCGGAGGGGAGAAGUAAAACUCCAAGUUUCUUUAAAGUUUGGCAUAAACUAGCUCAAGUCUGAUAGUCUCCUAUGCAGCCUGUGUGAAAGAGUUCCGUGACGACACAAAGAACGGCGCGUAAUUAUAAGAGACUAAAUGCAAAAGGCAGAAUAGCAAAAUCUGUGGCAACCAAAUUCUUCAUUGAAUUUGACUUUAAAUAUCGUGCUUAUAUUAGUUACCAAUCCUUGAUACAAUACCCUGAUUGUGAAAAGACUGAAAGACGAGCACAGCUUUCUUGAAAACGAUAGCACUCUGAGGUCUGAGGUCAGAAUGACGGAGAUGGUCUUUUCCUCUUAUGAGAAAAUUUCUUAUUUGGCUCUCGUCUUUAGGUAGAAAAUGAAUAUGGAUCCAUGGAGCAGUGUGAUCAUCAGUACAUGGCUCACUUGAAAGAUCUCUUUGUAAAAUAUCUUGGCAACGAUGUCGUUCUCUUUACAAACAAUGGUUGUACUGACAGAAUGUUCGAGUGCGGAACCCUGCAGGGGAUGUUAUCAACGGUGGACGCCGGCGGUGGUAAAAUGUGCAUAAAACGUACUCCCAAACAAAGUACCGUAAAAUUCCGAAAAUUAGCCCCUCCAUGUAAUAUAAGCCCCGCAAACUCGUAACGCAAAAACCCUCCGUUAAAUCGCCCCUCCAAAUAUAAGCCCCCGAGGGGCUUGUACUCGGAAAUUGCCCUCAAAUACAAAGUAAAACAAAGAAAAAACGGUAAAUUUCCUUCCAUUUAUAAGGCUAGCCCAAUCGAUUUUGAAACGCAAAUUUCCCUCCGUAGAUAAGCCCCUCCGAAUAUACACCCCUCCAAAACUAAGCCCCUCAAAAAGGGCCUUUGAAAAAUAUAAGCCCCGGGGCUUAUUUUCGGAAUUUUACGGUAUUUUUUUCCUUUCGCAGUGAUACAGCUAGUUCGUACUUAACCUCUUCCGGUCCUGCACAGUUUGUGGAGACGAGGUAGCCGCGCCUGUAACGCCUUUAACUUCGCAUAUGUAGGUCUAUAUUCACGCCUGCCUUUGAUGAGAUUCCUUGGACAAGAAACUUUCCUGUAGUUUGUCACGUGUACAGUUGGAUACCGACAACAAACUGUUGGGGGUACCGUAUUUAUUCGAUUAAAUGCCGCGGGGCUUAUUAAAUUUUUAGCGUUUCCAAUGCGGCGUUUAUUUCGAAAUCACAGUUAUUGUAAAUCGGUUGUAAAUAUUAUGUAAUAUUUAAAGGUUCGAGUGUCUCUUUUAUUUUCCUGAGAUAGAAUUGUAAAUGUCUGAAUGGCAUAAAUUACCAGUUUACACGUUUUCCUCGAGUAAACGCGCAUUCAUCUGAUUAGGUGCAGCGUUUAUUCGCGGGCAGCAUGUAUUGGUAAUUUUGCUUCCAUCUGCGGCGUUUCUUCGAGGGCGGCGUUUAAUCGAAUAAAUACGGUAACCCUACGAUGGACUACCAUCCCAUCAAAAGAGGAGAUAGGAAUACUCCUUAAUAGGAAGCGAAAACGUUACUUUCAGUAACUUCGCGGUUUUUGAAACUUCAGCGCGAUUAUCCCAACUCGCUCACUUUCUCAAACCACUAAGCUACAGGAGACUCGUGGGAAGUGAGGCUGCAAUGGGCUCUGAGUCCCUAAUAACUCUAUCUAAUAACUCAGAGGCCAUGAGGGCAAGAGGAAUAAUUAUUUUAGUAAAAUCCAACUAGUUGGUCAAAAAUAGACUUUAAUCCUUUUUUGCCGCCAAAAAGCCGGUGCUUUUCGCUACUAGUGGGCUAUAACAACUAGCCUAGUAGUAGCUUAAUCAAUCAGAACGCAGCAUUGAUAAUAGCUAUAGACCACUAGUUGGAUUUUACUAAUAAACUAUAUUCCUGUGACAAACAUUCUGCAUAAUGCUAGACCUGGAAUGUCGAUUGACAUAUGCUUAUGCAUAAUGAUAGAAAUGUGAUGGUUAAUUUUUAGCCUGGUGAAUAUAUGAGAAAGAUGUUUUUGUUUUGUUUUUUUCAAUCAGAGACACCUAAGGCGGUUCGCUAGAAAAAAAAUUCCGAGUUCUUACAAAAUCGAGGAUAUCAUCUGAUACUGGAAAACUUCCUACAAUCAUUGAAGGGUCACUCACUUAAUUAGCAAUUAAUGAAUGAGGCUCAGCAGGUUAUGAAGAAUUAUGCUGAUCGAGGAGGGCGUAAUCCACCGAGGCCGAUUGCCGAGGUGGAUAACACCCUCCGAGAUCUGCAAAAUACUUUAUAUCCUACCAAAGCCGAAUUCAUUAAUUGCUUUAUUAUUCAUUCAAAAUAAUUCCUAGUUUGAAAACAAGCUAAAAUAUGCUUCCCUUCGUCGAAGUUAGGUUCACCUCGACAGUGCAUGUUUAGAAGAUAAAGGCUGUUCAGGUCUGCAAAUAUACUCCAAAUAGCAGACGUUGUCUGUCGAGUUGUGUGCCACAACAACUCAACCUCGUCCUCAAGUCUUCAAGAUUAACGGUUCAUUAACCUGCAACUGUGCCGCACUUUUGACGUCAUCGGUUGAUUAAUCGCAAAAUUCUUCCAAAUUUGGUCAACAGUAGCUAGUUAUGGUCAAUUAUGCGCGAGCUUAAAGCCAAUCAGAAACUGAGAAAUAUUUUGAAUGAAUAAUCAUUAACAAUUAAUGAAUGAGGCAGAGUAUCUUAUGAAGAAGUAUGGAGAUCUCGGAGGGUGUUAUCCGUCGAGGCCGUAGGCCGAGGCGGAUAACACCUUCCAAGAUCUCCAUAAUUCUUCAUAUGGUACGAAAGCCGAAUUCAAUAAUUGUUGUAUUAUUCAUUCAAAAUAAUUCCUAGUUUAAAAACAUAGCUUAAACAUGUUUACCUCCAUCUAUGUUAAGUUCAUCGUCGAUAGUGCACGAUUAGGGUUGUUCAGCCCCCAAAUAUUCUCCAAAUAGCAGAUGUCGCCCCUCGAAUUGUCGUCUUGCUGUUCUUGCCAUGUUUUUAGCUAUUAUCUCGCCUAGUUCUUACUCUUGAAACGAGUGAAUUGUCCGCCAUUUUUGUUUUCACAACCAAAACAACUCAACCUCGUCCCCAGGUCUUCUCGGUUAACGGCGCAUUAACCUGCAAUGAAGCCGCACUUUUGACGUCAUCGGUUGAUUAAUCGCAAAAUUCUUCCAAAUUUUGUCAUCAGUAGCUGGUUAUGGUGAAUUAUGCGUGUGCUUUUAGCCAAUCAGAAUCGGGGAAAUAUUUUGAAUGAGUAAUACUGAUCUGUUUAUGUCCUCGCUUGAGUGCAUAGCUUUAGAAGUAUAAAUCUUCCCUUACUAUGCACUAGUUAAAAAAUAUAACAGGAUAGCUUCAGGAUGAUGGUAAACUCUGAAACUGUCUAAAUAUUUAUUAUUAUUAUUACUAUUAUUAUUAUUAUUUUCAUUAUUAUGUCGCAGUAUAAAACUUUGGAAUGCUGUCCACAUUACGAGUAGUAUAGGGCGCAUAACGUAACCUACACCACUUGAGAAGCUAUGGUUAGAAGUAAAAAAAGGUCGGUACAAAACCUAAUACGAUCCUAAUAUACAUAAUGAUAUGAAUCUCUCUACUUAAAAAGCCAAUUUAGAAUAUUAUUAAAUUCUUAUACUGUACUUAUACUAAGACAUGAUAAUAUAAUUAUCUCUACUAGAAGCAUAUUUAGAAAAUUGUUAUUAUUAUUAUUGUUAUUAUUAUUAUUAUUAUUAUUAUUAUUAUUAUUAUUAUAUUAUCAUCAUUAUUAUUAUUUAUUUAUUUAUUUAUCUAUUUUUUUAGGAGAGAAGAAUGUGGAGAAAUGCUUUGAAACCCAGCGUUCGUUUAAACUUAUGGGCCCCCUGGUUGACACUGAAUUUUACCCAGGCUGGAUCGACAAUUGGGGUGUGAAAUUCCAGCACCGAGACGCUGAGGUUAUCGCCAACGAUCUCGAUACUUUGCUGAGCGCCAACUACUCUGUAAACGUGUACGUGUUUCAUGGCGGGACGAAUUUUGGAUUCAUGAAUGGUAAUCUGUUCAAAUCCUGAUCAAACCCACCUAUAAGCACCAUAAACAGUGGUAUUCUUUACACUAGAACCUAAAUAAGCUAAGAAAUAUUUCGAGACAAUUAAAUUCGAAAUUCUUCAAGUAAAAUUAAGCUUCACUUAGAACUUAAAGCUUUUUUCCCACGCAACAUAAUUAAGAUUGAUCGACAUGAUUUGCCUUUCUCAAAGCUCAAGAAACCGGAAGUUGCUAAGUCAGUUGUAAGGAUGGUUUUCAAGUCACUUGAAACUUUCUUGAAUCGUUUCAACUUUCCGACUUUAAUGAGAUGCAAAGUAAAAUAACUUGAGAUUCCACUUAAGCCUUCACUCACAUAUCUUUGUUUAAGUAAUAACUUAGUCUUACUUAACGACCUAGUGUAAAGACAACCAGUGACUAGUGUGUUUUUUGUUGGCUUUAAUAUCUAAAUACUACGAAACCUCGCCUUGGGAAAAUUGCGCUGGCCUCUGAAUAACCUGUGUAAGCGUGAAGUUCAUUCUAGGUUUUGUCAAGUCGGCAGUAACAAAAUUUUGCUGACAGUGUCAAUUCUAGAGCUUCGGUUGUAGUUGCUCUGUGUGAUUUAAUUCUGUCCAAAAUUUAGAGCGACAUUGUGCAACCUUUUGGCACAUCAUAUAAAAAAGCCUUGUUAAAUGGAAAGGUUGACAAAAUUUUUCCGUGACAAAAAAAAGACUUUAAAGAUUUUCCAUUUACACGACCAAAGAAAUCUAGCCAAUUGAGGGUCAUUAAAUGAGGCCAGAGGGUUGGAGCAACUCAUUUAUAGAGCCGAGACUAAUCAUUGAAGAGUGCGCUUUGUUUUAGAUUUACUUUUGAUUGGUGGAAAAAAAAUGGCAGGAUAGCCUGCUUUAGCCAGUCAUCACAAGGCUCAAUACCAAAAAUCAAGUCAAGAGUACAUCUCUAUUGGCUAGAUAUCUUUCGUCGAGGAAAUGGGAAAUCUUAUUCAAAUGUAUAAUCGUGAUGAUUUCAUCGCAGAAACUGUCUUUAUCAGGUGCUAAUUUCUACCACGGCUAUAAGCCUCAGAUAACCAGCUACGACUAUGACGCCCCUAUCAGUGAAUCAGGAGAGCUUACAAAGAAGUACUUUGCUAUGAGGGAAGUGAUAUUAAAACAUCGGGGUCUACCGCCUCUACCUGAUCCUGUAUCCACACCGAAACAAAGCUAUGGAAACAUCUACAUGACCAAGGUAAAGACUCACUUUAAUCUUUACUUCAAAUGGGACAAAACAGAUUGUGUAGUUUGAAAAACAAAUGGUACCAAGUUAAAUUAGUACCGGUAAGGUUUGCAUUAAAGGGUCACUCACACAUUAGUAAAUUCUAAAUUCUUCGAGGCAAAGAAACUCGUCUUCUGUUCACUCUGUUAUCAGGGAAAAAAGAAAAAGGACUGAAAUAGAAAUAACACAAUAAAUCCAAUAAAUACUAGAAAAUAUAAUUGUAAAAGCCACUAGGUAUACUUAUGCAAGAGUUUGUCACACAUAAGUAUACCUAGUGGCUUGUACAAUUAUAUUUUCUAGUAUUUAUAGGAUUUAUUGUAUUAUAUUUUUGUAAAUAGCUCUGUAAUUCAGCCAUUCUGUAUAUUGCUGCAAUGAGUCUUAAUAAACAGUCAUUAUUUAUUAUAAUAAUUAAUUCUGCAUACCGUAAACCUCAGCCUAUAAGCCUGGGGCUUACAUAACUUCGUAAGGGGCAUUAGGAAGUCUCAUAACCGGACUUUCCAAACGCAUUUCAAAACAAGCUAUAUAGCAGUGACGAUCAAAAUGUGUUUUGAAUUAACUGGCUUUUUAAGCUUCAAAACGUUGUACAAUAUUGAACUCAUUUCAGAACAAGCUACAGGGGGUCCUGCAUCCGGGGACUUAAAACUUGAUGAAUUUUUUUGUUUACAAGACAAGAGACAAGACAGUGCUUUAUUUGGAGUCUUAUACAGUCCUAUGUACAUCGACUUUAUCCAAAUAAUUUAAAAUCAUAACACAAAUUUCACACAAGUGGAACUAUAAUCAAUAUUAACCUAACGAACUAAUGAUCUUCUUUUGUCAUAGCAGUUAGAGAGAUACAGGUAGAUGGGCCUAUACCUGUGGGAGGGGAGGGCUCAUGAUUUGAGGGGUUUAUAAGGGGAAGAUUACGGUAUUAUGAGUAAACUGUAUUGAAUUUCUUUUCGCAUUUUGAGCGUAUUCGUCUCUUUGGGCUUAUUUUCUGGUAAAGAGUCCGCCUGAUAUUUUCGCAGGCGGCCUACUUAUUAGAUGUUGUCCACAGUCUUUCUCCUUUUGGACCAAUCAAAACCGUUCUUCCUAAGACCAUGGAAAGUGUUGGACAAAACUACGGCUUCCUACUUUACCGCACCCAGAUUCCUCAAAAGUUUGCAAAUACAAAUGUAGAACUGGAAAUUCUCGGACUACGAGAUCGCGGAAUUAUUCUGGUUGGCCAGGUAAGAGAGUUAUUUUUGUUUACGAUUUGUGAGAGCUUGAAAGAGCUCUCACAUCAAGCUCGUACAAUGGGUAGGAGAGAACCCUGGGAACGAGGUUGCUCUCACAUCGCCAUUUUGGAAACAAGAGGGAAACUGGGCCGAGUUAACUGGCUUUCGAAAAGACUUCUGGGGUUGUUACUAAGGCCAGGGAAAAAUUUCGGCCAUUUCCGAGUUAUCCAGAGCUUCUGUUUGAAAGCGAGGCUGAGUGCAAAGCCAUUGAUAUGAAAAUGAUUCUUUUAUUCUUAUGCGAAUAAGACUCAUUUUCAACAAGAAAGGUUUCGCAUCUAGCCUCGUUUUGAAAGGGAGUUUGGAGAACUCGAAAAUGACCUAUUGGCCAAUAGGAGCUUCUGUCCGGCGCGUCCCCAGUAACCAUCCAGGAAACAAUUGCGCGACGCAUAUCGUGUCCAGUUCUCUUCUCGUUUUUAAAGUACCGAAUUGCGAUGUGGACGGUACUGAGAACACGUAAACGCCUGUUUUAAACUUUAUUUCAUCUUACUGUCGUUCACUGCAAAACAAUAUUAUAUAAAUGUCAAAUUAUCAACAUUAGGUUUUUGAGACAAACAUAAAUGCACCAGAAACAUUAAUUUAGAUUUCUCGACCUACGAAAUUGCAACGGAUGAGACUCAUUCUUACACAAAAAAAUUCAGGUUUCAAGAUGGAAGACGCAGGUGACAGCGAGAUUGUAACAAAAUAUUGAUAAAUGAUAGUCAGUUUGUUUGACUGAAUUAGUUUUGAUUGUUUACUUUGACUGUUUAUCUUGGUAAGGAAGGGGAAAAGCGCUAACAAGCAGUGAAAAGAAAACGAUGGUUUAUGGGUGGUUUCGUUUUCUGGUUUUAUUCCUAAGAUUUACAGUUUUAAUACGCCACAUUGAGAGGUUCAAUCAGCGAGAAACACUGUAAGCCUUAGAAUAUCCACUUUACCUAUCUUUGAAAAUGAAGAAAUGAUCGUCACAGUGAACGCAAUUUAUGCAAUUGCGUAAAGAAGCCUGAUAGAUAGCUCAGUUGGUAGAGCAUCGCAGCGGUAAAUCGCGAGGUCACAGGUUCAAACCCCGUUGAAGUCCUGAAUUUUUUUUCAGGCUUCUUUACGCAACUGCGUAAAUUGCGUUCACUGCGACGAUCAUUUCUUCAUUUUCAUUUCAUUUCCGCAGUUCAUAUAUGAUUUAUUUCAUAUAUCAUUACCUAUCUUUGUCAUUUAGAUCUGCGUAAGCUUUACUGACGAAAUCUUUGGAGUCUUUUUUGGUUUGAAGUACGUUAGCAAGGGAAAAAAAUAGUUUUUGAAGAUGAGUGAGAUAACAGUGAUCGGGAACCUCCCUAUUCAUCCUUCGAAGGAGGUCAUUAAACGAGACGUGCAAGUUUGCAGAGGAUUUCAUGUAUUUCUUUUAAUGUUUUUGCCUUUACACAUAGGAACGCAAGGCUACUUUGAGUCGUGCAAGCUUCAAUAGAACGUCCUUCAACCUAGCAGACAAUCUAACACUGAACAUCCUGGUAGAGAAUCAAGGACAUAUAACAGGAGGCUCAGACAUGCAGGAUCCCAAAGGAAUCCUUGGAAAUGUGACCAUAAACAAGGAAAUUCUUGUCGACUGGGAAAUGUAUACAUUGGACCUACAUAGUUCUCAAGGGUGGGGUGAGGCUUUUAAGAACGAUAACACAGGGACAGCAAGUGACCUUCUGUCCGACUUACCCACGUUUUAUCAUGGCUUUUUCAAUAUAUCCUCCGAUGGUAACCCAGGAGACACUUUUCUGAAGUUUCAAAAUUGGCAUAAGGUAAUAUACGCUGGUAUGCUUCUUGAUUAUAUUUUCUUCUAUGCGCGAGAGCAGAGGAGACUUGUUUCUAUAGUGANUUUGCCUUUACACAUAGGAACGCAAGGCUACUUUGAGUCGUGCAAGCUUCAAUAGAACGUCCUUCAACCUAGCAGACAAUCUAACACUGAACAUCCUGGUAGAGAAUCAAGGACAUAUAACAGGAGGCUCAGACAUGCAGGAUCCCAAAGGAAUCCUUGGAAAUGUGACCAUAAACAAGGAAAUUCUUGUCGACUGGGAAAUGUAUACAUUGGACCUACAUAGUUCUCAAGGGUGGGGUGAGGCUUUUAAGAACGAUAACACAGGGACAGCAAGUGACCUUCUGUCCGACUUACCCACGUUUUAUCAUGGCUUUUUCAAUAUAUCCUCCGAUGGUAACCCAGGAGACACUUUUCUGAAGUUUCAAAAUUGGCAUAAGGUAAUAUACGCUGGUAUGCUUCUUGAUUAUAUUUUCUUCUAUGCGCGAGAGCAGAGGAGACUUGUUUCUAUAGUGAUCGACUAAUGACGUUAACUUGAAGGCGCGCAUCCACAUUGGUUACCAACUUUUUACGCAAAUCGUAGUAAAUAUAUUUUAAUAAAAAAAAACUUUCCAAGUUGAAAUCUGGUAUAUAGUCUGGACUCGCUUUGUUCCGUAUCCACUAUAACAUGGAAAUUGACCUUGAUGAAAUAAUCCGCUGAUUUGCUUCAAAAGAACGGAACUGGCCAAUAUCCUGUGUGAAUGAGUCAAAAAAUACAGGGAAGGGGACUUUAGGGAGUUAAAAUCCCCCAAAAACUUAGGGAGCAUGCUCUCGGACCCCCUCAGAAGAUUGCGCCUUCGGCGCUCGUUUAGAAAAUCGGUCAGUAUUUAUCCUGGAUCCGCGCCUAACUUGACAGACUCUACUCUCUUGACAGGCUGCUAUUUUGGUGCCCCAUGUGACAAUACUCAAUACUCAGUAUUUUAUUAAGAAUUAGACGUUUUCAAGAUUGAUAUCGACACAGACAACAGCUGCAUAGGAGACUAGGUCUAUUUAAUAUCUCAGCGAACCACAAUUGCCCAGGUCAACAUUCUAAACCGGGUCACUUCUGAUAAUUUGUCAUUUUAGGGUCAGCUGUACGUCAAUGGCUUUAAUCUGGGUCGUUACUGGCCCGUGAAGGGUCCUCAACAGACACUUUACGUCCCUGGCUCAUUGUUGUCUGCUGGAAAGCCAAAUGAAGUGAUUCUCUUG